GACCAUCAAUUUUAUUAUUUUUAGAAACAUUCAUCUUUGAUUCGAUAUUGUAUAAUUCCAUUUAUUAUUAUCAUUUAACAUUGGCCUUUUAUCCCUAUUUUAACCACAGUCCAAAUUCUCAUCAAGAAACAAUUUCCAUCAAUCAAGUUUUCGGUUUCAGUAUCAGUAACAGUAACUCUGACAACGAAUAUAUACAUGCGACGAGAAGUAUCUGUAUUGCUCAUAAAUCUGGAAUUCUAAUACCUCAUCAUGAUGUCAAAUACAGACCAGACAAUGGCAAAGUUUAGCAUGGCAUGCUCGGCACUUUUUUAUGGUGUUCAACUGGACGGACCCGCUAAGAAGUUUGAGACGCCGCCAGCUGAGUGCCCUUCCGACCUCCAGAUUCAAGGAGAUUCUACUUGGGCUUACGAUUUACCGAGAAAUGAGGGUGAAGAUACAAAGGGGUUCCAAGAUACCGAGAAAAGGGAAUCCAGGGAAAAGUCUUCCAGAAGAAGAGAUAUUAGCAGAAAAGCUGCCAGAAGAAAAUUCAAUAGAAAACAGUUCUUCAAAGGAAUGCAUUCCAGAUCGAGGGGCCUAAGGGAAGAAAUUCGCAGAGAAAAUAUCGACCAAGGUACCAAGGUUCAUAAAGACGCAUGCGAUCUGUGUUGGGAUGAUAAGAUUGAAGAAGAUACGACAGUAUUUAGGAAUGUGCAUAAUACAGAAGUUGAUAUUGCUGAAUAUGGUGCAUGGUCCUUACCUAACUUCCUAUGGACACAAUUGGAAAAUAAUUAUUCUGAGACUACGAAGCUAUCCAGGAUGUUAUGGAAAUAUUGGGGAAACAACGGUAGAAUGUUUACGAACACACCUUUGAAUUGUCUCCACGCCGUCACACCAAGAGAUGUGAUGUCAUACACGAUUGAAGGGCUCAACGAAAUUGUAUAUUCCAGGGCUGAAGGCCAUCCUUUCGAAUGCGAAAUCUUAAAAUACCUCAAUUCCGAGACACUUUCUUUCUUUGCACCUACUAAGCGCCCGAUUGACGUUGGGGCAGUCGAAACAUCAACGUGUCCAAUGGUUAAUGAAGGAUUAAAAAAGUCAGGAUCAUCUAUUUCCAUCGAGACAGCUCAUAGUCCUUGGAGAAACCUAAGCUCUUCAACAGUGGCAGCCCUUUCUCCAUCGCUACAGAUAGAUAUAAGAACCUCUCAUAUUUACGUCUUCGCAGUUGCGCUUAAAUACUUUAUCUCCAAGUACGUUUAUUCGCGAAUUGGCCUCACACCGCAUACUUUCUGUAGGCUCAAUCAAUUCCUAGCCUCUUCAAAUGUAACACGAGAUAAAGAAUGGUACGUUGGACUCUCAGACCGAUGUCAAUGCAAAUUGGAGGUUCAUAAUUGGUUGGAAGAGUUCAUCCAUGAUAUCAGCUUUCAAGAUCUCAGAGCAGACAGAUUAAAAGAUCCCAGACACCACAGUAACUACGCCAAAAACAUACAUGAUGGUAAAACAAAAACUCCCCUUUAUGUGAUUUCUCGUCUCUAUCUAAAGUUCAUCGCCAAAGAGUGCUUCGGUGAACAAACCAGACCAAUGGGAAUGAUUCUACUUCAGGCGUUCGCCAUGAAGUGGAUGCAUUACACGACUCUACCCUUUGAUGAAGAUGACUGGGAGUUCCAGGAAGUCAUUUACAAUUUAUCGCGCAUGCCAGUUAAGGAUUUGUCGGAUUAUUUAGAGAAAGUGCUUUGUAAGAGGGUCAAAAGACUUAUUUCAGACCCCACGAGUGGAUCAUCCCUAGUCAGAGACUCAAGCAGCGGAUCAUACAUCCCUAAUACAAAACCGCCUGUCACACUUGGGGAGGUCGAUGCGCUCCCAGAACUAAUUAUUCCACUAUACUCCGUUGAAUCAGACGACAACUCAUCUGAGACCGAGAUAAAAAGACCAUCAUCACCUCAGAAAAUCGUCAUUCUCCCCGAGAAGACGGUACCUGUUCAUCGUAAUGAGGACGAUGAUUUAUCGCCGCCAAUCGCACAAGAAACGCCACCCGAUGAGAAAAUCCAUCCCCAUACUGAAUCGCCGAUAUGAAAAGUCAAAGAUAGCCCUCAAGUUUUUAGCUUCUCUUUCGAUCAGAACGAGGAAGUAGCUGAGGAGUGUAUAGAGCUUGUAGACGAGGGAUUCGAUUGAUUUCAGCAGGGCAUGUCACGUUUUUUUCAACAUCUCAUGUAUGCUAUUGGUAGGAGAAGACAUUUUAGAGUACAGCGUGGAUCUAUUGGAAUUGAAUGAAACAGCGCUGCUCUUCAUUUUGUUCAUUUUGCGCGCGGUUCAAAGUAGAAUCACACGGGCACAUGAGCAUAUUAGCGGGUUCCUGUGUAAUUAAAAUUAGUUGAAGUAAUAGCGAAUAAGAACA